UCCCCCAAGAUUAUAAACCUACCCACCAAAAUGAAGUCCCCCAAGAUUAUAAGCCUACCCACCAAAAUGAAGUCCCCCAAAAUCUAAAACUUAAGCGUGCAGGAGAACCUUAAUCAGUCAAACGAAAGUAAAGAAGGAAUGUUUGCUUUUGGUUAUAAGCACCAUACCGAGUAGAUUAAGAGCAAAUAGAUAGUUUAUUAGUGUAAGCCAAGCGCUAUUGAGCCAUUCUACUUUUUGCAUCUUUUUUUUUUUUCAUGAGAGGCCACUAAUUUGCGACGAAAGAAUCAGUUAAAGCUUAAUAGGCAGCUAGGGGAUUUGGGGGGAUCUGUUGAUAAGAUAAGAAUUCAUAUAAAUAGGAUGAACACUUUGUCUUUCAAAUCAAAAAAAUCUUCAUUUCAUUCUCAUCUCUUAAGCAGUAAUCAAAUUAUAUUAUACCUUGCAGUAUCUAUUCUUUAUAUGAAUAGUUCUUAUCAGUUACCAAAUCAAUUAGUGACAGUCAUCUUCAUUCUUUUCUUUGUUUACACUUUUUCGCCUUUUAGUAUCUUAUUUCACAUUUCUGCUAUUUGUUACUUCUUCUUUCUCGUAAACAACUUCAAUACUGAAGAUUGUCAAUCUCUUUCGCGCAUUUCGCAGAAUAAAAAAAUGAUAACCACUAGCAAAAAAAUCAGCAUUUUCCGAAAUCUCAAGCCAGCAAAGACCAACUCAGUUACACCUGUCACUACUGCUGCACCUAAAAGGACCUUUCAAAUGUCAGAUAAAUUUACUCAAGCUCAAAAAGAAGCAGCACUUCCAUUCAUCACUCCGCCCACACAGAAAGUCAAGUCAGCAACAUCCAAGAAAGCAAAGGCCUUGGGUCGUUUCUUUAAAAAGCUAGCGAGCAAAGAAUCGCUCAGUCAAUCGUUUUUAUGCGACACAACCAGAUCAAAUACAUACUACAAUCCUACUUUUAUUCCAAUUGACACAAAGAAAUGGAAGAAGUCGGCAUCACUUCCAGUCAUUACACCGAAAGCGAUGAUUACGAAAACAACCUCUGCCAUGAGCAAUUAUCACCGGGACAUUAACAACGUUGAGGUUGAAGACGGAAUAGUUACCCCUGAAACGAUUGCCAUAACAGCAACACCAGUGAGUGCAGAAAAAUCAACAGCAGCCACUAACGGUCACAUUUCAUUGGCGACGACCUUGAUUGAAAAUGCAUUUCCUGAGCAAUAUUCCAACAAAAACGCUCUUUUAAUGUCUUCUUCCUCUUCCUCUCCUUCUCCUAUUCUCGACAAUAAUCAUGCUAUCGCAACAGCGCAGCGUAUCUGGGAUGAAGACAAAACAGUUUAUCAGAAGCUUGAUCAAAUUGUCGAAUGGAUUGGCGACGGGAAGCCUGAAAGCAACGCUAUUCUCAAAGCAUAUAUGAAUCAUUUCGAUUUCUCUUCUUUGAAACUCGAACAAGCUUUUCGUAACUUGUGCUUCAAACUACACUUGAAAGGCGAAACACAACAAAUCGAUCGUAUCCUCUCUGAAUUCUCUACUCGUUAUUUUGAAUGCAAUCCCACAUGUCUUUUCAAAAAAGCAGGCAUUAUUCACGCUAUAGUGUACUCUUUAUUACUCUUGAAUACUGAUCUUCAUGUUGCUCAAGGUGACUACAAGAAGAUGACUCGAGCUGCCUUUGUGAAAAAUACCAUGGAUGCUAUUUACUCCCAAUUGGACGAAAACACAACUACUCCUGCAUUGAUAGACGAUAACAUCAAUGAUAUUCCUCUCUCCGAUGAUCACAGAGCCAGCGGCAUUUCAUUUCAAUCAUUUGAUUGGAUGCAUCACCUGCAUCGUACUCCAAGCAAUCACAGUGCCUUCAGUACACGCUCUAAUGCUACCACUACCCAUACCACAGCCUGUAUCCAACCUUCAGAGACCCCAUUUUUUUCGCAAAAUACUACAUUAGCCCUUACAGUAGGCUCUAAAGCGUGGCAAAUGGAAAUGAAAAAUCUUUUAAAGGAGUUGUACACCAAUAUCCGCAAUUCACAAAUUAGUACUCCUGACUCUCCUGCAACAUCAAUUCGCAGCUAUCGUGUAGAUACUAUUCUCAAGCGUAGUGUCAACAGCAAGCUCUUCAACAACAACAACAACAACAACAACAAUCAUAACAACAACAAUGAUAAUGAUUCCAUGCUCGGAUCGACUAUUUCUACUGAAUCCUCUGCCACUUCAGUGAUGCAAUAUCAAUCCGUUGCUGCUCAUCUCUCUUCUGAUAUUCCUACCUCUUACACAAGCAACGCUCCUUAUUACAAAGAAGGUAUGGUUGUACGUAAGCACCUCAUGGAAAAGGCCAAUCAAAAAGCAAAACAUCGUGAUUGGAAAGAAUGCUUCAUGGUCAUUGAACGUAGUCAGCUUCGUAUGUACAAACUGGAAAAUGCCUCUUUAACAACUAGCCGGCAUCAUCUCAGACGGCCUCAUCAUAUUAUUCUUCGCAAUAAUGCUAACAAAUCGAGAUCUUCUAUAGCACUAACAGAUACCUCUUCUAUUAUGACCGGUACUACGAGAUCAACUGCUCUUUCGUCCACAAUGACAUACAGUAGCCAGAAUGAGCCUGUGGUAGGUGGUGGCGAUUGGAUGGCCAAUGCUCAAUUAAUUGGGUCCCUUGAUCUCAAACACACUCUGGCCAAUGCUUUACCUUCCGGCUAUAGUCGUCAAAGACAAUAUGCUUUUGCUCUUGAGCAUGCCAAUGGUGCUGUGCAUCUUUUUCAAGUCGGAUCUGAUGAACAAUUGCAUGAAUGGGUUUCUACUUGCAAUUACUGGGCCGCUCGUGAAUCGAAGGAACCGUUGCCCAAUGGUGUCAGCUCCAUGGACUAUGGUUGGGGAAAUUGCUUAAAUACGGAUAAUAACAACCACAUCGUGAUCAAUGAUUGGCAGGCACCUGAACCUCCUACCAAUAGUAGCAUGUUGGAUGAAGUAAAUCAAUUAGAAACUCUUCGUAAACAUGUUCAGGAGUUGACCCAAGAAUUGGAUCAACAUCGUGAUUUGAAGGCUAAAAUGGAAAUUCGUUUUGGUACUAGUCAUCAUUCUAGUAAAUCAGGAGUCAAAGCUUUGUCAAAUUGGGAGAAAAAGUCGCGAUAUCUUUUACGUGAAAUCAUCAAAUAUCAAAAUUAUUGUGAUGCGAUCGAAAAAUCUCUCGAGUUACAGAAGAACAUCAAUUCAGCAAUCACACCAACUUCUACCACAACCUCUACAACUGUUACUACUUCCUCUACUGCUUAAAACUUUUAUGUAUUAUAGUCAGAUGCACUUAUGUUUUCGGUUUAUUUUACAAAACUAAUUGUGUUUAGGUCUUCUACGAUAGAUUUAAUAUUUAUUUUCUUUUCUUAUUUGUAUAUUAAUAGUAUUCUAUUCUUCUUGUACAUAAUCCUUACUCUUUAAUAAAAUUUCUUUUUUUUUCUGUUCAAGAUUUAAACAGAAU